CGAUAGUGUGAUCAAACGGUGACAAUUACACGGCAUCCAACUCUCCACAUCGUACUAUAGACCGCUAAAAAGGCAGACCUUGUGAAUAUGCAACACACAUGAUGUUUAUCAGGAAAACGCCCACGAGGACUUGCCGAUAUAUUUGCCAAUACGUGAAUUUCCGACGAAACGAGUCAACCGCUGUCCUAGUUCCGUUGCAGAAGAACCCCACUUACAACGACACUCACAGAAAGGAUGGAGUACAAACAAAUGUUGUGGAAGAUGGAAAAGACGGGCUCAUGGAGGGAUAUCUGUCCAUAAACACAUCAGCCUUUUCAUCUUUGAGUAACCAAAUCUCGAAUCAAGAACGAAUAUUCCAGGACUCCAGCUUUCAAACAUUGAGCAUGUCGGAUCACGGUUCGUUGGUUCAAGACAUUCAAAAAGAGAGUGGCUCUAGCAAAGGCUUUUUGGACGAUGUGUUCUCUGGUGGGGGGUACAGCGUCGACGAGGAAGAGUUGAACGUCAAUUUCAGGACGUACGAGAGCCGAGGGAACGAAAAGACUAAACGACAUCCGGUGAACUCGAUCAAACGUGCAAUGAGUAAAAACCCCAAUGAGAGAAAAUUGUUGAAACUGGCUUCCGCAUUCAAUGACUACAAGAUCGCGGAGAGCUCAAUAGACGAGUUCUAUAAGUGUGUUGUUGGUGAUGAUAACGUUAUAGCGACGUAUGACUUCAAGAUGCCCAUAUUUCCAAGCGAGCUUGAUAACACCAGCCUGAAAAAAUACCUCAAGCUGGUGAACUCGAUUGAUUUCAGUUACGACUCCAAAGGAUAUGAAAGACUUGUUUUUUAUGACAUGUAUGGGCUUGUCUAUAAUAUUCACAAAUUUGAAGGCAUCGUCGACAGGGAAAUCAUGCACCUUUUCAUCAAAUACUUCUGCAAUUACUCGAUGAUCCGGACAGUUUUUAGAGUUAUAGACAAGUUUGAAAAAGUGGGGAUAACUCCAAACAGAAACACCCUGCAUAUUCUCAUCUAUAAGUUAGGCAAGAUCUCCAAUUUGAACAGCCGAAAGGACUUGCUGCAAUUGUAUCUCAUCAUGGGCAUGAAAAAGUGGAAAGUUUCCACUGAUUUGACAACGAGAGCCUUGAUGUACUCUGUAGAAAAGCCUUCGAGGAAAAGGCUAGCGCUGGCCAAAGCGCUCCGCAAUGAGGGGGUUGAUCACUCAUCAAUGAAGUGGGAAAUGUGUCGGGAUUAUGUUACCAUUGAAGUCAACAGCAGGCCCAAAACUAGCUUUUCCAGAAUGGCUGGGCAUAUCAAACAGCUGGCAAAUCUAGGAAACAGCAAUGAGGACAUGUGCAAAGUUUUCCAGAUCUAUAUUGAUACCAUAACACACAGAAACAAAACUGGUACUGCGUUCCAUGAGAUCUUGGCACACCCACACUACGAAGGAGUUGCAAACUGGGAAACAAUUGUGCGGCAGCUAUUAGAAGCCAACGAUAUAUGGGGCUGUCUUGCCGUCGUUAACUUGCUGGCAAAUAGAAAAGGGACAGAUCUCCGAAGGGUGAUUUUCCCGCUAUUGCACAACUACAAGCAGCUUUAUGCAUUCUUUACUAAGCAGAAAUUCAAGAAACACCACGAAAAGCACCUUUUCUGCAGCGUCAUGACUCUGCUGCAGGAACUGUGCCAUACGAAGAUGACACAGGCAGCGGCCUUUGUUGGCUCUGUCCAACUUGAAGACAACAUCGUGGUUGGAAAGAUCGACCGAGAAGUACGAGAAGAGUUCAAACAGAUCCGACUCUGGGAUGGAAAAUGCCGGGAUUUUUCAUGCUUUUCUCCGAUCGCAGGCAGCCAUGUGGGACGCACAGACAUCAUGCGUUUGUGGGAUGCAUAUGUGCUUGAGGGCGAACGAGAGUCUAUGGGCAUGCUUAGUGUGGACCCUUUGUCUUUCCCCUGGAGGUUAAAGAAGAACCCACCGUUUAUAGAGUGUAUUACGUAAAUCAAACACACGGCAGAACGAUAGAAAAAGCCAAAAAGC